UCCGGUUCCCCGCGUCCUCCCCGGGUAACUGGGGCUCUGGUUCCCCACGUCCUCACCGGGUAACUGGGGUUCCGGCUCCCCGCGUCCUCCCCGGGUAACUGGGGUUCCAGCUCCCCACGUCCUCCCCGGGUAACUGGGGUUCCGGUUCCCCACGUCCUCACCGGGUAACUGGGGUUCCGGUUCCCCGCGUCCUCCCCGGGUAACUGGGGCUCUGGUUCCCCACGUCCUCACCGGGUAACUGGGGUUCCGGCUCCCCGCGUCCUCCCCGGGUAACUGGGGUUCCGGUUCCCCACGUCCUCACCGGGUAACUGGGGUUCUGAUUCCCCACGUCCUCACCGGGUAACUGGGGCUCCGGCUCCCCGCGUCCUCACCGGGUAACUGGGGUUCUGAUUCCCCACGUCCUCACCGGGUAACUGGGGCUCCGGCUCCCCGCGUCCUCACCGGGUAACUGGGGCUCUGGUUCCCCACGUCCUCACCGGGUAACUGGGGUUCUGAUUCCCCACGUCCUCACCGGGUAACUGGGGUUCCGGUUCCCCGCGUCCUCACCGGGUAACUGGGGUUCCGGCUCCCCACGUCCUCACCGGAUAACUGGGGUUCCGAUUCCCCACGUCCUCACCAGGUAACUGGGGUUCCAGCUCCCCACGUCCUCCCCGGGUAACUGGGGUUCCGGUUCCCCACGUCCUCACCGGGUAACUGGGGUUCCGGCUCCCCGCGUCCUCCCCGGGUAACUGGGGCUCUGGUUCCCCACGUCCUCACCGGCACUUGGCACUGUCUAGUGUUUUGGUAGCAGCCAUCCUGCUCCGUGUAAGUAGUAUCUCAUUGUGGGGUUUUGUUGUUUUUUAGAGACAGCACCUCGCUCUCUUACCCAGGCUGGAGUGCAGUGGCACGACCAUACAUCACUGCAGCUUCGACCUCCUGGGCUCAAGCGAUCCUCCCACCUCAGUCUCCCCAGUAGCUGGGAUCACAGGCGUGCACCACCAUGCCUGGCUAAUUAAAAAAAAAAAAAAGACAACUUUUUUUGGAGAGGGAGGGUCUCAUUAGGUUGCUCAGGCUGGUAUUGAACUCAAGUGAUCCUCCUACGUUGACCUCCCUAAGUGCUGGGAUUACAGCUGUGAGCUGCUGUGCCUGGCCUCAUUGUGGUUUUAAUUUGAGCACUUUUCAUCUCCUUAUUAGACCUUCUUGCUACAAAUGUCUAUUGAGGUUCUUUGCCUAUUUUAAAAUCGGGUAAUUGAUUUUUUUCUGUCAUUGGCUUGCAUUGGCAUAGUUUUUUUUUUUUUAACUUCCUAAGUGGUACUGACGUGUGGCCGGGGUGAAAACCUCUGGCCUAGGUAUGGAACAGGUAGAGGGUGUUACCGAGAUGAUGAGUAGGAGUGUUCAGAAGGUGGUAGGGAUCACCCGUCUGCUCCGGAGGGAUCGCUUGUUGAGAUAAGAUGAACGCUGCAGUUGUGGACAUGCAGACGUCUUGCAAACAAGUGGGGUCAGGAUGUGGUACUCAGGUGCAGCCUCAGGGCCAGGGUGGAUUCGGGAGCGUAAGGGAAGGGACUCUUGCUGGAAAGAAAAGUAGGUAUUGAAGGAGGUGGAGGCAAAACAGUCCCUGCACCUCUCCACCUGCAGACUCAGCUGCCGCCACUGCAGCCUCCCGGAGCUUGGCGUCCAUGGGUAAGGACCUCCCUCAGCUUGUGGGCAACAUGUCUUCAGCCAGCGUGCCAAGAAACUGCAAAGGCAAAAUAGUGUUUUUGGCAGUGUUUCAAAGAAACAGAGAGUGCAUUGUGUGCACAUUCAAUAGCCCUACUGUAGCUUUUUAGCAAAUUACAAAAAGUAACACAGGGCCUGGUAUGGUGGCUCAUGCUUGUAAUCCCUGCACUUUGGGAGGCCAAGGCCGGCGGAUCACUUGAGGUCAGGAGUUCGAGACCAGCCUGGCCAACAUGGGGAAACCCCAUCUCAAAAAAAAAAAAAAAAAGGAAACCCCAUCUCUACUAAAAAUACAAAAAUUAGCCAGGCAUUGUGGUGCACGCCUGUAAUCCCAGCUACUCGGGAGGCUGAGGCAGGAGAAUUGCUUGAACCUGGGAGGCGGUGGUUGCAGUGUUCAGAGAUCACGCCAUUGCACUCCAUUCGGAGGGACAGAGUGUAAGACUCCAUCCCAAAAACAAAAACAAAACAAAACAAAGGAACACAGGAUUGUAUGCAGAAAGAAAGGUUAAGGCAAAAUUGAAGGGAUGGGAUGAAUUUGAGUAUCCCUCAUUCCAAAAUCCCAAAUCCAAAAUGCCCCAAAAUCUGAAACUUUUCAAGCACCAGCAUGAUGCCACAAGUGGAAAAUUCCAUUCAUAAGCUGUUGACACAAACUUUCAUGCAUAAAAUUAUUUAAAAUAUUGUAUAAAAUUACCAUCAGGCUGUGUGUAUGAGGUGUAUGUGAAACACAAAUGAAUUUUGUGUUUAGAUUUGGGUCUCAUCACAAGGUAUCUCAUGAUGCAUAUGCAAAUAUCCCAAAAUCCAAAGCACAUCUGGUCCCAAGCAUUUUGGAUAAGGGCUACUCAACCUGUAUUUAUAGACAGAAGCUAGAAGGCAUUUGUGGGACUCUCAAACUAAGAUGGGUCUUCAUUACCUUCUAACUUUGGCGAUCAUGUAGUAGACAUAUUUAUUCUGAGAAACGAUCAUAAAUAUAAAUGCAUUUCUUUCAUUUCUUUUUAUUGAGAUGGGAUCUUGCUCUGUUGUGCAGGCUGGAGAGCAAUAGCAUGAUCUCAGCUUACUGCAGCCUCCGCCUCCUGGGCUCAAGCAAUCCUCCCAUCUCAGCCUCCAGAGUAGCUGAGACUGCAGGUAUGCGCUACCACACCCAGCCAAUUUUUGUAUUCUUUGUAGAGACAGGGUUCUGCUCUGUCACCCAGGCUGGUCUCAAACUCCUGGACUCAUGCGAUCCAUUCGCCAAGGCCUCUAAAAGUGCUGGGAUUACAAGCGUGAGCCACCACGCCCGGCCUGAAUGCAAUUUUUACAUUAUAGUCAUUUAUGCGUCUUCCUGUUAAUCUGAAAUAAGCAAUUGUGUUUUUGCUAGCCAGCUACAGAGAUAAUGUAAAAAAUGUUUUAAAACCAUAUUAUCAAGCAGAAAAUGGUGCUUGUAGAUCAAUAUCUUCAACAGUUUCCCAUUAAAAUUUCAGUAUGUGGUCGGAUCUAACUACUGGAGGAGCUUCGAGGUCAUGCCAGUGUCCUUAACACUCGCGUUUGUAAAAGACAGCCACUGCCGCCCUUUGCGGCUAUGUGCCUCACCUCUUCCACAUCACGGAGCACACAAAGAAUGUUGCCAUUUGAGCCAUGCACUGGGUCACGGGUGGGCCGGGCGUCAGGGUGCCCACAGCUGGAGUGACCUACAGAGCUCAGCUCUGCUGGGGCCCCAGGGCAGGUGGCUGCAGCGUCCCCAGCGGCCUCCCUGGCGUGCCACAGCAUGAGGCUGUCUGCUCUGGUGGAUGCCGUGGGCCAUGGAUGCGCCUCCAUCUCCGCACAGUGCAGCCGGUCUAGCUCCCUAAGCCGCCAGGCUCUGUGCCCAACUCAAGCAGCAGCCAAGUGGAGAGAGCUGGAAUGUGUCAUCCCUGGUCCCAGCCUUUUAUUUCUUAAUAGAAAAUAAGAAUUUCUGCCACACUUAAAAGAAUAAGGGAAACUUUCAUUUCGUAGCAUUCUAACUUUUAUUUUAAAAGUCUUUCACUAUUGAAUGACUUUCCUGAAUUAACUACAUUCUCAAAAAUAUUCCCAGCGUUGGUCAAAGGCUUAAGGAAUUUUUUACUAAAAGUUGCAACUUGUUGAGUAUUAAAAGUCUUACAGAUAAAAAUAAGCAAAGGAGAUUUACAGAACUCAGAAAAGAAGAGAAGACACAGAUAUGCUUUGGGGAAAGUACUGAACCUAGAUAUUAAUCAGAGAAAGCUGGGAACGUUGAUUCCUAGGAAGGUGGAUACUGUGUUAGGAAGAGAAAGGGAAGGAGAGUCUCCAUCCUCCCACGUGGGGACACGCCUGCUGAAGGAUGCGGGGUUGAAUCCCCUUCAGCCUCUCGUGAAUUUCUGUCUUAGGGAAGGAGAGUCUCCAUCCUCCCACGUGGGGACACGCCUGCUGAAGGAUGCGGGGUUGAAUCCCCCUUCAGCCUCUCGUGAAUUUCUCAGUCUUUCAGUCCACUUUGCUCACUAGUGUUUACUGCACUAGGUUUUCGUUUGGGAGAAUGACAAAGCCUCCUUUGAGUUCGGGGAAGGUUGGAAGUGGAAGCUGCCUGUUUGGGAGAGAUGACUUCUGACCUCUUCUGGGUCACGUAGCUUCCCCCUGCCUUUUUAUAACAAGUAGAAUUGUUAUGAUAAUUACCGUCAUGGUGAUAUUUUUAUUUAUCAUUAUCCUCUCCUGCAUCAAACAUUUAUAGAGCAAUUAAUUCUGUGCCAUUCUAACUUCAUCGGUGUAAUGUCAUCAUGAGGUACAAUAGCAUUAUUAUUCCCACUUUACAGAUGGGAAUUGAGGCAUAACACGUAGACGGCUGCCCACUGUGGAGGAGCUGAACCUUGGCGGUGGGGCCGCAGGGUCUCUCUGCUCCCUGUGGGACCGCCCUUUUCUCACUGUUGUGAGCAGGGCUGUUCCUUUCCCAGCAAGAUGAACACCGGUGUAAGCGCGUCUUCGCGUCCUUCCAUGGAUGUUUGUAGAGGUGGAGCUGCUGUGUCGAAAGGCAUGUGUCUUGGUAUUGUUUGUUUACUGCUAAAUUGCCACAGUACGUUUUUCGUCCAUGAACAGCCUGCGAAUACACCCUGCCAUUUGUUUAUUGGGCUGUUCAUUUUUUUCUCUUGAUUUGUGAGAGCUCUUUUUAUAUUAAAUAAAUUAGCCCUUGCCAGGUACAGUGUGGCUGAUGCCUGUAAACCCAGCACUUUGGGAGGCUGAGUUGGGUGGAUUGUUUGAGGCCAGCAAUUUGAGACCAGCAUGGCCAACAUGGUGAAACCCCAUCUCUAUUAAAAAUACAAAAAUUAGCCAGAUGUGGCGACGCACACCUGUAAUCCCAGCUACUAGGGAGGCUGAGGCAUGAGAAUCACUUGAUCCCGGAAGGUGGAGGUUGCAGUGAGCCGAGAUCGCACCAGUGCACUCCAGCCUGGGCGACAGUGAGGCUCCAUCUCAAAACAAAACAAAACUAAACAAAACCCAGACAUUGGCCCUUUGACUAAUAUGCAUACUGCAGAUAAUCCCCCCACCUUUUUUUGAGACAGGGUCUUACUCUGUCACCCAGGCUGGAGUGCAGUGCUGUGAUCCCGCGUCACCAGCCUGGUUCCAGUGAUUCUCCCGCCUCAGAGUGCUGGGACUACAGGCAUCAGCCACUGUGACUGGCCUCCCAAUUUUUCAUUUGUGUUUUGAUAUGCUAUACACAUACACACAUGCGUGUGUGUGUGUGCACACAUGUGUGUGUAAAUACACAAAUAUAUAUGUCAUUGCAUCUUUGUAAAUAACGAUGUGGCUAAAUUGUUGAUCUUUUCCUGACCCCCGGAGUGCCCCAUGCUUUUAAGGGACCCCUUCCCCCUUUCCACAGGCAUAAGCCUUUCAGGAGUUGGUCUAGUAUUGGUCUUUCAUUUGUUAGGAAAUUCAGGAUGUUUCCUUUCUUAGGGCCUCUCACUGUAAACCCUGUGUCUGAUUAUGUCAUAAAUGGCCUGCCUCGCUUCAAGGUGGGGGACGUCUGGCAGCAGAGAAGUCACAACAGUGACGGCGGCCGUGUCAGGUGGGGAUGUACCUGGAGAAGAAAAUGGGGCAGGACAGUGGAGCUCAGGGGGCCGGGAGGAGGGCAGCCGUUUUCUGUGCUGCAGUCAGGAAGGCCUCCUGCAAGGACCUGUUUGAGCACAGGAGUGACAUGCAGCGCCCUUCCCGAAGUCUCCUGGGUUCCCGGGGGUGGAGAGUGCAGCUCAGGAGAAUCCUCCCGGUGGGCGCCCCUGUGUGGAGCGGGUACCCCUGUGCCUGGUGGGCGCCCCUGUGCGGAGCGGGCUGUGAGGGACGGGGGCUCCUCUUUCUGUCCCCACCCCCAGCCUGCUGCCGUCGUCUUCAGCACUGAAUACGCGUCCGUCUGACGGGUUGUGUAUUUCUAUGUGAGAAAAUUAAUGAGGAAUUUUACUGAGAGUUGUUCUGACCAUACAAACUUAAUUGCCCUUUCAGUGGAAUGAACCACACAUUUCUACAACACAGAAUACCGUAAUGUAGUUUAAUAGCCUGGAAUAGCAGUAGGAUGCCAAGAAUUUACUUUCCACCGCCGAUAACCACAGUGUCCUUGCUGGCCAUCCUACAAUUGCUAAAGAGAAUGUAGUUGUCAGUGUAGCAUCGGGACUUUCCAGGAAAGUCAGCCAGGAUGCACCCACCUGGGAGUGGCUUCCGCCUGGCCUCCAGCAGCUGCCGAAGGAGCCGUGUCCUUUGGAGUUAAUGGAAGGACUGGCUGUGUAUUCAGUCACAUAUGCUACAUGGUCUCCACAUCCUGCCCACAGUGUGCAGGAGAAGAGAAUUGGGUGGACAGCAGGACCAUCUACGUGGGACACAGGGAGCCACCUCCGGGCGCAGAGGCCUACAUCCCACAGAGAUACCCAGACAACAGGAUCGUCUCGUCCAAGUACACAUUUUGGAACUUUAUACCCAAGAAUUUAUUUGAACAAUUCAGAAGAGUAGCCAACUUUUAUUUCCUUAUCAUAUUUCUGGUGCAGUUGAUUAUUGAUACACCCACAAGCCCAGUGACAAGCGGACUUCCACUCUUCUUUGUCAUUACUGUGACGGCUAUCAAACAGGGUUAUGAAGACUGGCUUCGACAUAAAGCGGACAAUGCCAUGAACCAGUGUCCUGUUCAUUUCAUUCAGCACGGCAAGCUCGUUCGGAAACAAAGUCGAAAGCUGCGAGUUGGGGACAUUGUCAUGGUCAAGGAGGACGAGACCUUUCCCUGCGACUUGAUCUUCCUUUCCAGCAACCGGGGAGAUGGGACAUGCCACGUCACCACCGCCAGCUUGGAUGGAGAAUCCAGCCAUAAAACGCAUUACGCGGUCCAGGACACCAAAGGCUUCCACACAGAGGAGGAUAUCGGCAGACUUCACGCCACCAUCGAGUGUGAGCAGCCCCAGCCCGACCUCUACAAGUUUGUGGGUCGCAUCAACGUUUACAGUGACCUGAAUGACCCCGUGGUGAGGCCCUUAGGAUCGGAAAACUUGCUGCUUAGAGGAGCUACACUGAAGAACACUGAGAAAAUCUUUGGUGUGGCUAUUUACACGGGAAUGGAAACCAAGAUGGCAUUAAAUUAUCAAUCAAAAUCUCAGAAGCGAUCUGCCGUGGAAAAAUCGAUGAAUGCGUUCCUCAUUGUGUAUCUCUGCAUUCUGAUCAGCAAAGCCCUGAUAAACACUGUGCUGAAAUACGUGUGGCAGAGUGAGCCCUUUCGGGAUGAGCCGUGGUAUAAUCAGAAAACGGAGUCGGAAAGGCAGAGGAAUCUGUUCCUCAAGGCAUUCACGGACUUCCUGGCCUUCAUGGUCCUCUUUAACUACAUCAUCCCUGUGUCCAUGUACGUCACGGUCGAGAUGCAGAAGUUCCUCGGCUCUUACUUCAUCACCUGGGACGAAGACAUGUUUGACGAGGAGACUGGCGAGGGGCCUCUGGUGAACACGUCGGACCUCAAUGAAGAGCUGGGACAGGUGGAGUACAUCUUCACAGACAAGACCGGCACCCUCACGGAAAACAACAUGGAGUUCAAGGAGUGCUGCAUCGAAGGCCACGUCUACGUGCCCCACGUCAUCUGCAACGGGCAGGUCCUCCCAGAGUCCUCAGGAAUCGACAUGAUUGACUCGUCCCCCAGCGUCAACGGGAGGGAGCGCGAGGAGCUGUUUUUCCGGGCCCUCUGUCUCUGCCACACCGUCCAGGUGAAAGACGAUGACAGCGUAGACGGCCCCAGGAAAUCGCCGGACGGGGGGAAAUCCUGUGUGUACAUCUCAUCCUCGCCCGACGAGGUGGCGCUGGUCGAAGGUGUCCAGAGACUUGGCUUUACCUACCUAAGGCUGAAGGACAAUUACAUGGAGAUAUUAAACAGGGAGAACCACAUCGAAAGGUUUGAAUUGCUGGAAAUUUUGAGUUUUGACUCAGUCAGAAGGAGAAUGAGUGUAAUUGUAAAAUCUGCUACAGGAGAAAUUUAUCUGUUUUGCAAAGGAGCGGAUUCUUCGAUAUUCCCCCGAGUGAUAGAAGGCAAAGUUGACCAGAUCCGAGCCAGAGUGGAGCGUAACGCAGUGGAGGGGCUCCGAACUUUGUGUGUUGCUUAUAAAAGGCUGAUCCAAGAAGAAUAUGAAGGCAUUUGUAAGCUGCUGCAGGCUGCCAAAGUGGCCCUUCAAGAUCGAGAGAAAAAGUUAGCAGAAGCCUAUGAGCAAAUAGAGAAAGAUCUUACUCUGCUUGGUGCUACAGCUGUUGAGGACCGGCUGCAGGAGAAAGCUGCGGACACCAUCGAGGCCCUGCAGAAGGCCGGGAUCAAGGUCUGGGUUCUCACGGGAGACAAGAUGGAGACGGCCGCGGCCACGUGCUACGCCUGCAAGCUCUUCCGCAGGAACACGCAGCUGCUGGAGCUGACCACCAAGAGGAUCGAGGAGCAGAGCCUGCACGACGUCCUGUUCGAGCUGAGCAAGACGGUCCUGCGCCACAGCGGGACCCUGACCAGAGACAACCUCUCCGGACUUUCAGCAGAUAUGCAGGACUACGGUUUAAUUAUCGACGGAGCUGCACUGUCUCUGAUAAUGAAGCCUCGAGAAGACGGGAGUUCCGGCAACUACAGAGAGCUCUUCCUGGAAAUCUGCCGGAGCUGCAGCGCGGUGCUCUGCUGCCGCAUGGCGCCCUUGCAGAAGGCUCAGAUUGUUAAAUUAAUCAAAUUUUCAAAAGAGCACCCAAUCACGUUAGCAAUUGGCGAUGGUGCAAAUGAUGUCAGCAUGAUUCUGGAAGCGCACGUGGGCAUAGGUGUCAUCGGCAAGGAAGGCCGCCAGGCUGCCAGGAACAGCGACUAUGCAAUCCCAAAGUUUAAGCAUUUGAAGAAGAUGCUGCUUGUUCACGGGCAUUUUUAUUACAUUAGGAUAUCUGAGCUCGUGCAGUACUUCUUUUAUAAGAACGUCUGCUUCAUCUUCCCUCAGUUUUUAUACCAGUUCUUCUGUGGGUUUUCACAACAGACUUUGUACGACACCGCGUAUCUGACCCUCUACAACAUCAGCUUCACCUCCCUCCCCAUCCUCCUGUACAGCCUCAUGGAGCAGCAUGUUGGCAUCGACGUGCUCAAGAGAGACCCGACCCUGUACAGGGACGUCGCCAAGAAUGCCCUGCUGCGCUGGCGUGUGUUCAUCUACUGGACGCUCCUGGGACUGUUUGACGCACUGGUGUUCUUCUUUGGUGCUUAUUUCGUGUUUGAAAAUACAACUGUGACAAGCAACGGGCAGAUAUUUGGAAACUGGACGUUUGGAACGCUGGUAUUCACCGUGAUGGUGUUCACAGUUACACUAAAGCUUGCAUUAGACACACACUACUGGACUUGGAUCAACCAUUUUGUCAUCUGGGGGUCGCUGCUGUUCUACGUUGUCUUUUCGCUUCUCUGGGGAGGAGUGAUCUGGCCGUUCCUCAACUACCAGAGGAUGUACUACGUGUUCAUCCAGAUGCUGUCCAGCGGGCCCGCCUGGCUGGCCAUCGUGCUGCUGGUGACUGUCAGCCUCCUUCCCGAUGUCCUCAAGAAAGUCCUGUGCCGGCAGCUGUGGCCAACAGCAACAGAGAGAGUCCAGCAGAAUGGGUGCGCACAGCCUCGGGACCGCGACUCAGAAUUCACCCCUCUUGCCUCUCUGCAGAGCCCAGGCUACCAGAGCACCUGUCCCUCGGCCGCCUGGUACAGCUCCCACUCUCAGCAGGUGACACUCACGGCCUGGAAGGAGAAGGUGUCCACGGAGCCCCCACCCACCCUCGGCGGUUCCCGUCACCACUGCAGUUCCAUCCCAAGUCACAGCUGCCCUAGGUCCCGUGUGGGAAUGCUCGUGUGAUGGAUGGUCCUAAGCCUGUGGAGACUGUGCACGUGCCUCUUCCUGGCCCCCAGCAGGCAAGGAGGGGGGUCACAAGCCUUGCCCUCGAGCAUGGCACCCUGGCCGCCUGGACCCAGCACUGUGGUUGUUGAGCCACACCAGUGGCCUCUGGGCAUUCGGCUCAACGCAGGAGGGACAUUCUGCUGGCCCACCCUGCGCGCUGUCACGCAGAGGCCAUUCCCCCAGGCCUGUGUCUUCACCCACCUGCCGUCAUUGGCCUUUGCUGUCACUGGGAGAGAAGAGCCGUCCAGGGACCCAUGGUGGCCCACAUGUGGACGCCACAUGCUGCUGUUUCCUGCUUGCCUGGCCACCACCCAUGCCCUCCAUAGGGUGAGGUGGAGCCAUGGCGGUGCAUCCUUUACUCAACAAUCCUCCAAUCCGGAUGCUGUGGGAAGGGCCGGGUCACUCGGAUACCAUCAUCCCUGCGGAUGCACCGCCGUACCCUGCUCAUCUGGGAGUGGUUUCCCUGCGGUUACGUCCAAGCCCGCCUGCCCUGUGUGUUGGGGCUGGCUGAGUUUCGGUCUCCCCAUCACCGGCCGCCUCGUGGAGAAGGCAGUGCCACGUGGGAGGACAAGGCCACGCCGGCAGCUUCCAGCCCUGCAUCAGAAGUGCCAGGAUGUCCAUCAGCCACUCGCCAGGGCACGGAGCCAUCAGUCCACUGUUAUGGGAGAAUAUUGAUUUCGCGGGUGCGAGGGCCGGGAGACAGAUACUUGGCUGUGAUGAGCAGACAUCCUCUGUCCCCGUGGAAGGGUCAACACCAAGGUGGUGUUCGUGCACCAGAACCUGUCUCGGGCUAAUGGGGGUGGCCCACGGGACACGGGUGGAUCCCAACAGGCAGCACCGCACCUCCGCCCGCCUCCCGCGCUGCAGCUCCGCCCGCCGGGCUCUGCGUCCCCACGUCCCCUCGUCCCCUCGUCCCCACGUCCCCAUGUCCCCUUGUCCUGUCACCUCGUCCCGUCACCUCGUCCCCAUGUCCCCUCGUCCCGUCCCCUCGUCCCCAUGUCCCCUCGUCCCGUCCCCUCGUCCCCAUGUCCCCUUGUCCUGUCACCUCGUCCCCACGUCCCCUCGUCACCUCGUCCCCACGUCCCCUCGUCACCUCGUCCCCAUGUCCCCUCGUCCCCAUGUCCCCUCGUCCCCAUGUCCCCUUGUCCUGUCACCUCGUCCCCACGUCCCCUCGUCACCUCGUCCCCACGUCCCCUCGUCACCUCGUCCCCAUGUCCCCUCGUCCCCAUGUCCCCUCGUCCCCAUGUCCCCUUGUCCUGUCACCUCGUCCCCACGUCCCCUCGUCACCUCGUCCCCACGUCCCCUCGUCACCUCGUCCCCACGUCCCCUCGUCACCUCGUCCCCAUGUCCCGUCCCCUCGUCCCCAUGUCCCCUCGUCCCGUCCCCUCGUCCCCAUGUCCCCUUGUCCUGUCACCUCGUCCCCACGUCACCUCGUCACCUCGUCCCCACGUCCCCUCGUCCCCUCGUCCCCUUGUCCCGUCCCCACGUCCCCACGUCCCCUCAUCCCCAUGUCCCCACGCAGGGCUCUCCGUCUUAGGAUCUGUCCAGCACUGCUCUGGGUGGGUUAGCAACCCCAGGGCUGCUGUGAUAGGAAGUCCCUGUUGCUCUCCGUACUGGCAUUUCUAUUUCUAGAAAUAAUCUUUGACAUAGCCUUAAUGGUCCUUAAAGAAGACAUUUCAGUGUGAGAUUCAGACGUCAGACGCUGAAACUGCUGCCUUUCAGGAAAGCACCACCAACGCUGGAGGAGGAGCCGGCCCUCACGCCCGCCCCGCGCCACGCUGUGGAACGGGGCUCCGGCCAGUGAAACCCAGAGGGUGUUUCCGAGGUGCUCGACAGUAGGUAUUUUUGGAAGCUCAGAUUUCACCAUUUGAUUGUAUAAUCUUUUACCUAUAAAAUAUUUAUUUGAACUAGAGGGUAAAUCAGCGGUAAGAACAGCGAACACAGUGGUUGGGAUAAAAUAAGGUGACAAAUAAACAUCACACCAAAGAUGAGGGUAGUGAGCAACUGGCUUGAGCAGACAGAAUGGGGAAGACUCCACUCUGUCCCGAGGGGCGAGCCGCAGGCGUCCCCAGGGCCACCCUGCCCUGAGGUCCUUGUGUGGCCGCCCUGGCUUGGCAGCCCUGCCCACGCUGCCCCCGCAAACAAUGGUGUGUGCGUUUUUACAGCCCUUUUUAGGAACCCAAUAUGGGCAUAAAUGUAAUACCUGUAGCGGGGGCAGAUUCUCUGUAUGUUCAGUUAACAAAUUAUUUGUAAUGUAUUUUUUUAGAAAUCUUAAAAUUGCCUUUGCACUGAAGUAUUUUCAUAGCUGUUUAUAUCUCUUUUAUUCAUUUAUUUAACAUAUUGUCUAAUUUUAAAAAUAGGUUUUUAAAGCUUUCAUUUUUAAGUUUAUGAAAUUUUGGCCACUUUACAUUUAGAUUCUGGUGAGAGUUUUGACUGAAUGUUCCAAUCUCUGAUGAAUGCGAAUUUUCAGAUUUGAUUUUAUUCUCUACACACACAUCUUCUUUUCUUGGUAUUUCUGGUGGCAGUGAUUAGUUGAACAGCAUAUUUAAGGCACGAUAAUUUGCUACACUUUUUCUUUACAAUUUGUUGCAAUUUCAUCUGCUUUCUAUGUUUCAUUGUUAAUUGCCAUCCUUCAGCCUUAAAAAUAGAAGAUUCUCACGUGAAGGUUUAGUAAGUUGGGUCCCAGCUCUGCCUGUGUGGAGAUAGUCACCAUGUACCUCUGACAACAAGUUUUAGUGUGAAAGUCACUAAACUUUUACACACUCCCAAACGUCUUUUUAAAAAUUGCUUGGGAAAUUAUUAAAUGAAUGUGCCUGAUGAUUUGAAAUAGACAAGGGGCACGAGAUAAAAAAGAAAAGGAUGAGAAGAUCCUCAGUGAAUGACGUUGCAGGGUCUUCAUGCAAUUUUCCACCUCGCAGUAGUUAGUAUUUACUUGCCUUAAACUAACUUUGAAGCAAGUAAUGUCAACUUUGAGCACUUUGUUGAGUUUUGAAAAAUCUUAUUUGCUGCUGCACAGGUUAAUAAAUUAUCAAUUUGUAAUUCAGCAUGUUGGUCAGAGACACGGUCACUGAUUCACACCCAGUCCCUGCCACAGACCAUCUCAGACACGCACAGUGGGCCUGCUGCAUGCGUGUUCCCUGGCUUUUGGCUCCACGCUCACUCAUAGCCAUGUCCACAUGGGGGCUUGCACACAGGAUCACUCACAUAUGUACAUGUACACACCACAAACGUGCAAGUUCCUGCACACAUGCAUGCAUACAAACGUGUACACAAGUGUGAGCUCCUACACGCAUACACACGCACACGUGUACAUGCACCAAAGCAUGUGUGACCUACAGAUAUGCAGAACAUGCACAUGUACACAUACCACAGACACGCGUGUGCACGCUCCUACACAAUACAUAUGCACAUACCAUGAACAGCGUAAGUUCCUACACACGGACGUGUGAUACAUGCAUGUACAGGUAAGCGCACAUGUACAAGCUCCUACAGGCUUGCUCUCACACACGUGUAUGCACAGCAGAGAGAUGUAUGAGCUACUGCACACAUGCACACACACGCACACGUACAUUCACUACAAACACGUGCAGCCUCCUGCACACAUGCACAUUGAUGUGUACACACACAAGUGAGUUCCCAGACCUGUAAACACGUGCACACAUCGUACACAUGUGAGCUCCCACACGUACAUAGCUUGGUGCCCUGGACAAGGCCCUUCCCCUUUAGGGAGGUCCAGCCUCGCAAGCUGAAACCUCCCGUCGGCUCAGCCCUAUACCAGGCGACCACAGCAGGACUGGCCACACCCACGCCGCACCUCAUCCCUGCACGCGUCGGAGCACGGCCAGCCUUCCGCCAUGAGCCAGCUGGGAAGGGCCGCGGCCUCCUAAAGCCCCAGUCAACCCAGCCUGUGUCUGAGCAGACAGGGCGAACAAGCAGGCCACACCGUCUCGAGGGAGGAGGCCAGAUGCGGCCAGCGUCUCCAACAGGGUGACCAUCCGCUCGGCUUGCUGAGCAUUUAAACAAAUGUUUAGACAGGCUGUGGGGACUCCCCUGAGUUGAGCUUUGGCCAGGGGUCUGGUGCUGUAGCGGGAAACCUCCAGCCUUGUUCUUCAAACCACUCAGCUCAUGUGUUUUGCACUGACUAGUACUGAAUAAUACAACCACUCUUAUUUAAUGUUAGUAUUAUUUAUUUGACAACUCAGUGUCUAACAGCUUGAUAUGCAGGUCCUUGCAUCCUACAUUUCUUUAGGAAGUUACCCAUUUGUAACUUUAAAUCAGGAAAAAUAUCAGUUGGCAAAUGCAAUCUUUUUUUUUUUUAAGCUAAAGGUGGGUGAACUGGAAUGAAAAUCUUUCUGAUGUUGUGUCUAUAAGCAGCCUUGAUGGGAUAUGUUAGAAGUGUCAUGAAAGUGUGAUUCUACUUUUGCAGAAAAAUCUAAAGAUCAAUUUAUAUAGCUUUAUUUUUUACUUUAUCAAAGUAUACAGAAUUUUAAUAUGCAUAUAUUGUGUCUGACUUAAAAUUAUAAUGUCUGCGUCACCAUUUAAAAUGUCUGUUCAUUAUGUAAUGUAAUAAAAGAAGGUCUUCAAAAAUGUAUUUAACAUGAAUGGUAUCCAUAGUUGUCAUCAUCAUAAAUACUGGAGUUUAUUUUUAAAUUAUUAAACAUAGUAGGUGCAUUAACAUAAAUCAGUCUCCACACAGUAACAUUUAACUGAUAAUUCAUUAAUCUGCUUUGAAAAAUUAAAUUGUUAAUUAAACCAAUCUAACAUUUCUGUAAAGUUUAUUUUGUAUGCUUCUGUUUUUAACUUUUAUUUCUGUAGAUAAACUGACUGGAUAAUAUUAUAUUGGACUUUUCUCUAGAUUAUCUAAGCAGGAGACCUGAAUCUGCUUGCAAUAAAGAAUAAAAGUCUGCUUCAGUUUCUUUAUAAAGAAACUCACACAA